UUUAGUUUGAUCAUUAAGUUAAUUGGUGAUUGGAUCAACAAUAGAGUUAAAUUGUUUGGAUUAACUGAUUUAAUUUAAAUGUUAUUAGUUAAUCUCAUCAUUAAGUUAAAAGAGUAACGACAUUUGUUGAUUACUUUAAUUUUUCUUCUUCCUCUCUUGGUUUUUUUCGCAUUCUCAUAAAUUCAUCAUCCUUAGUACUUAUUAUUAUAAUAUCGGUGAUUUAUUGUUGUCGUAAUUGUGAACCAUUGACUGGAUUAAUUAGAUUAACCGGGUUGAUUUACAAAAAUUGACUUGUUUCUUUUUGUCUUCUUCGUUUGUUUUGUUUUCACUUACUGGCCAGUAAAAGUAAACGGUUAGUAUGUUUCUCUGUGCAAACAAUGAAUGUCGUGCUCGCUGUUUACCUCACGAUGAUAGUGUGGAUAUUAAGGAUUUACCGAAUCGCUUUGAGCCUCAAUAUAUUCUUAGUUGUGGACAUAGUUUAUGUGAAAAAUGUCUCUACAUGGUUGUUGCAAGAGAUGAAAGGUCUCUCAUUUGUGAUCAAUGUAAUACUAAGACGACGUUUUCUGCAAGAGCUUACACUUCAAUCAAAGGAUGUUCACUAAGCAAUGAUACCCAAAUAAAUCGUAUUAAUAAUGGUUUUGCCACUGAGAUACCAAUAGACGCUUACUCAUUUGGCCUGGCUUUUUGUGAAGAACUUAUAACAGCUUCUCCAGUUAGAACUGUUACCUCACCAGAUGAACUACCCAAAAUGAGUGAUAGCUUCAAAUACUCUAAGGGAGGACAAGAUGAAGAAAAUGUCAAGCUGGAUGCUUUGAUUCCUCCUGCGAGACGUAAUAAAACAAUACCUCUAAUUGUUGCCAUGCAUAGUGCUGUUUCUACUCAUGCCGAGUGUGGAUCUAGUUUAAAAGUUAUUGGGAAUUUGGAAAAAAAAUUAUCCAAGGAAUUUUACGAAGCUAAAAUGCGUCUUCGAGAUAAAUUUCAAGUUUUACACUCGUUACUUCAAUUGGAGGAGAUGAAAGGUAUAUCUAAAUUUGAGGAAAUCUAUUCAACACGUAAAGAAGAAUUAUCUCAAGUUGAGAAACACUUAUAUUCUGUUCGUCGUUCAAUCAGUGAUACCUUUCAACUAGAACAUGGUACAAUGGAUCUUUUAACAAAGAAACGUAACAUUUUAAAAGAAUUGACUGCCAAACCAAGUCGAAUCAGCUGGAGAAAUUAUGAAAUCGCUGAUGAAUUUAAUUUUCAUUUAGAUGAUUAUGUGAAAGAAGUGAUUAAAGGUAGUUUGGUUUUAAAAAACAACGAGAAAGCGACAACACUUACCGUUGAAGUUAUCGGUUCCGAAUCAAAUUCUUUUCGGGAACCAUUACCAUUAUUUAGAUCACCACCUCAUCAUAUACCUCAAAUACCAGCACCGGGAACAUCAUCAUCAUCAAGCGACUUGCCAAAUUUGAAAGCUGACAUCUUGAAAUCAAAGGUUAUCCCAGAGAGAAGGACAGUUUAUGUUAAACUGGGCAGAGUCUUUAAUCCACAUCACUUUUACUGUAUCCUUUGGGACGAUGAAGCUUGUAAUAGAAAAAUGUUUGAUGAAAUUGAAAAAUGGUGCACAAAAACAUUUACCCAUCCACCUCCCGUUAACACAAUUAAACCUGGUAAAUUCAUUUUUGUUUUCUACGGAGAAGUAAACAAAUGGGCUCGAGCUUAUAUACUUAAAGUCAACGCUGAUACAGAGAAAGCAAAUCGAAAAAGACAUGAAUUUGGAAAAUCAGUACCAUCUGCAUACAAUUUCUACACCUCGAUUUCCGUUGAUGUUCAACUGUUAGAUUAUGGUGGACCUUAUAGAGUAUCAUAUACAAUGAUAAGGCAACCAUUUGAGGAAAUUUUUGAUAAAAAAAAAUGGCCAUAUCUUGCACUUAAAUGUGCAGUUAAUAAUGUUGGUCCACGACAAGCUGAAUGGACAACAGAAGUAAACGAAAAAAUAGAAGAAAUUUGUGGAGACUAUUUGAUGGAAAUGCGAAUCGAUAAAGUAACUGGCGAUAAACAUUGGAUCGACCUGUAUCACCAUGAAACUCCUCACGGUGUUCGCAAUAUGUUAGGUUUAAGGGAAGCAUUGUUUGGUUGUCAACUUGUUAUUAUUACAAAUACACACAGCGCAAGACAUGUUCCAGAAUUUGAUCUUGAUUCAGACCGAAUUUCCUUCAAUCGUCCCGAAAAAAUUCCAACCAACGUAGCAGAAACUGUUCUUAUUACAGCCAUCACCAAUCCUGAUCUCUUUUAUGUUACUCGAUAUUCGUUGCAAGAAAAGUUCCAUGAGCUGCAUGAAUCUUUGAAAGUUUAUUUUGAACAUAACGAUGCGCCUUUUAUUGUUUACGUGCCCAGAAGAGGAAUGCCCUGUGUUGGAUUGGAUGAUGGAGCCUUUUACAGAGUUGAAAUAAUAAAAUUAUUACAAUCUGAUAGAGUUGAAGUUCUAUUUGUUGACUUUGGUACUACUAAAGUUUUAGAAGUUGCUAAUCUACGAUUAAUUAAAGAGGAAUUGAAACAACCAGUCCAUGCAAUCCCGUGUAAAUUAGGAGAUAUCGAACCAAUUAAAUUCAAUUGGUCAGAUGAGGCAGUUGGUAAAUUUCAAGAACUUUGUUUCGGCGGUCCCUCUGGUAAUAGUUAUCUUUUCAAUAUAUCUGUUGCUGAUUACGACCAUAGAGGUAAACAUAUUGUUAACCUUAGACGUUAUACUGGAACUGAAUAUAUUUCUGUGAAUGUCGCAAUGGUUAGUCUGAAAUAUGCUAUUUCUUCUGGUCCAAUUACUGAAAUUCCUGGUGAUACUGCGACCAUUUCUCAGUAUAGUACCAAAUUAGAUGAUCGUAUUUUCAAAGCUUUGGAAGAUUUUGAUGUCAAUGGUUUUAGUAUUUUGAAUGAGUUGGUCGUUCGCAACCGAGAAGCUAAUUCAUCCAAGGAAGAUUCUUAUAUAAAAGUAAGAGUUUCUCAUUGGAUCUCUCCUGAUGAAAUCUACGUUCAAUUGACAACACCUGAAGUUAGAAGUUAUUUCGUUUGCUAUGAGAAUAAGUUGGUUGAUGAUUUUCACAAGAAAUUGGAUAAUCCUGUUCCGAUCAUACAACCCAGACUGAUGGAAAAUGAACCGGUUGUUUAUGCUCAAGUCGAGGAGUUCGAUGUUAUAUGGAGAAGAGGAAUAAUCGUUUCAAGAGAAAAGGUCGAAGAUGAAAUCAUUGGAUUUGUUGAAAAUGGAGAUAGCGAAAUUGCUCAAGAUAAAGCCUCGACAAAAUACAUUGUUCGUGCCAGAGACUUUGGUUAUGAAAAAGAGGUAGCAAGGAAACACAUCUUCAAAUUACCUGCUGACUCUACAUAUUUAAAAGAUGGUGAUUUUUGUAUCAAAUGUCAUAUCUGUGAUAUUUUACCCGCCGGAGGUGGUCCCUGGACUAAAACAGCACUUGAAGGUUUUGCUGUAUUACUGAAAAAUUAUCAACAAGAAUUAUUUGUAGAAGUUGUCGAAAAGCGUCUUCCAUCAGAUAAAACUCAAUCUGUUCCAAUUGAUUUGAUUGCGAGAAACUGUUAUAUUCCCGAUGGUCUCGCUAGAGAUCAUUCAAAAUAUUAUUCAUUUCAAAGCCUACUGAUAACUAAAGGUUUUGCUAUUCCAACAAUGAAAAUUGAUCUGGACGAUCACCAUGAUAAUCCCAUCGAAGAAAACAUCCCAGUUAAAAGGUCUCUCAUACCUUUUACUAAUCGAAAGGGCGACUCAGUUUUAGGGUACAUUCGUAAUGCACGAGCUGCCGUUCAACGGCAAAUGGAUAAUACCACUGUGCGAUUUUAUAAAGAACCAGAAAAGCCUCAAGAACAAUCUUUCAUUGCUUUACCAACAGAAGUUGGUCUGAAUUUGAAAAUCUGGUUCCGUAUUCAUCGAAUAGAAGGUCCUCAAUUAAUCAACGUUAUCAAUCGUUCUAUCACCAAUGCAUUAAAAGAUCAAGAUGAAUUGUUACCAUUUGAUGGUGAUACUAUUUACGGACGAGCUUGUACAGCAUUUUUCGAGUUCGACAAAACUUGGAAUCGAGCUGAGGUUUUAUAUCCAUUAGAUGAAGAUCGUACUUUUGUUCGUUUCGUUGAUUACGGGAAUGAAGUUCCAGUUAAAAAGGAAGAAAUGAGUUCUCAAGUAUUCCAUCCAGAAAUACCUAAAUUAGCUCUUCAUGCACUUCUUGCUAAUUGUAAAUCAAAUGCCCAAGGAAGAGAAGCUGAACAAAUUCAGCACCACAUUCAUCAGCUAAUCAUUGACCAUAAAUGUGUAAUGAAUUGGAUCAAUUAUCUAUCUCUUAAAGAAAUGAGAAUCUCAAUCAUAAUGCCAGACGGAGUUGAUCUUACUGAAUAUUUAAUCAAGAACAAUAGUUUAAUUGAAAGAGCGAUUACUGAUGAUCAAACUCUUAUUGCUAUUCCACCAAUGGUUAGAGAUAUUCUCUCAAGGCUUCCGUUGUGUGGAUACAAACCAUCAACUUUAAAAUUCGAGGAAAAUUGUUAUUAUCCUGUUUGUAUAACUGGUACAUUCAGAGACAAUUUCACUUUUAUUCAACCAAAGCCCGUUCAUUAUCCUUCAAAUGAAGUUGAAGAAGAAAUUACAAAGCGAACUAGUGAAUUUCUUGAAUUUCUUUCCAAAAUGCGAGUUGAAGUUAGCCGAUUUGAAAAAGUUGAAGAGGUCAAAACAGGUGAUGCUGUUGCUGCUCAAUUCUCUGAUGAUCAAUGGUAUCGAGGAAUGAUUGUGGAAAAAGCUAACUCUAUUAUUCCAAAUCAAUUCAGGGUAUUUUAUGUUGAUUAUGGUAACACUUCUGUUGUCGAUAUAGCAAAAUUAAGAAAAUUACCAACAAAGUAUCGAGAAAAUCCAGAACUGUUUGCAAUACCUGCUCGAGUUUGCAAUAUUAAACCAGGUAAAAUCGGUAGAUGGUCAUCGUAUUUGAACAGCCUUAUGGAGAAAGAAUUAAGUCUCAAUGAACUAAAAACAAUCGCAUUAAUCAAGAGCCGAACUGAUCCAUGGAAUAUUGAAGUUUACAUCGUCGAUCCGGAAGACCCAAGAGCCCCUUCUUGUAGUUUGUGGGAAAGACUUAUCAAAGAAGGUCAUCUAGUAGAGUUUAAAUCCAGUGAAUAACAACCAUCAACAAUUCAUCAUUUUGUUUUUCAACGAGUUUCCAUCCAUUCAAAGCAUCUUCAUCAAUUUUCAAAAGAAAAGCUUUAUUUUUUUUUUCAUUCAACUACCCAAAAACUUAUUCUAAUCCCAUCGUUGCAUCAUUUAAAAUUCACACAAGUCACUUUAAACUAACAAAUGAAACCAAAUUAGAUUAAAUCAUUUAUUUUCAAGCAAAAGUAAACAUAAUGUUGCAAUUAUAUCGGUUGAUCAACCCAAUCAACUUAACCCUUGAAAAAAAAGUUACAAAAACCAAGGUUAUCAUUAAUCAACUGUAAAACAAACUCGCGAAAAUUUAAAAUUGUAACAUAAUUGUAACUGUAAACUCGCCAAAAAAAAUUGUCUCAUUAGGCAAAAACAAAAAACAAUCAACUAUUAAUUAAUCAAACAAAAUUUUUAAUCUCUGAAAAGAUUAACAAUCCCAUAAAGAUGAUGAAAAUUUCCAAAACUCAAAGGACAAAAUCCAAUCGAAACGAAAUCUAUACAACCCGAUAAACGAGGAAAAAAAUUAUCCUCAGAAUUUUGUUGCCAAGAGUAAAUUAUCAAUGCCAACGAAAGAGUAAUGAUCAUGACGAUAAGAAGAAAAGAAAGAGAAGAAAAUUAAGAGAAUCAAUGUAAAUAAUUUCUCUUUCUUUUUCGUCUCCUCCAUUAAGAGAAUCCAAAAAUUAGAAUCUGCGCUCAGAAGGGUUUACAUUGGUAAAGAAUCUGUAACAUUUGUUGUUCACUUUAAUAGUUAUGGUGAUUGGAGAUAAUAAAUUGUUUUCUUAAUUGUU